GAAUGGGACUGAACCCUCCUCAAUUACAAGUUCAGAAACACAAAAGUUGCAACUUUCUUCACCAUAACCUCAUAGCCAUAUUGUUCAAUUCUUUGCGAGGAUGGCAGUUAAAGUUUAUGGGCCUGUAACUGCUGGUUGCCCCCAAAGAGUACUAGUUUGCCUAGUAGAAAUGGGAGUGGACUUUGAAGUUGUGCAUGUAGACCUUGAGACUGGUGACCAUAAAAAACCUGAAUUUCUUCCCCUUCAGCCCUUUGGCCAAGUUCCAGUCAUUGAGGACGGUGAUUUCAGGCUCUUUGAAUCAAGGGCGAUUGUUAGGUACUAUGCAUCAAAGAAUGCCGACCAUGGUCCAAACCUUUUGGGAACCACUUUGGAAGAGAAAGCACUGGUGGAUCAAUGGCUGGAAGUGGAGUCGCACAACUUCAAUGACAUGAUAUAUGGUCUUGUUCUUCAGCUGGAGGUCCUGCCAAGGAUGGGAGAGCCCUCAGAUUUCAAACUAGUCCAGAAAUUUGCGGACAACCUCGAUAAGGUGCUUGAUGUGUACGAGGAAAGGCUGUCGAAGAGCAAGUACCUUGCUGGGGAUUAUUAUACCAUUGCAGAUAUGUGUCACCUUCCAGGCAUCACAUUUUUAUUGACCGAUAAUGGAUUGGGGCAUUUGAUUAGGGAGAGGAAGAAUGUGAAUUCAUGGUGGAAUGACAUCUCCAGCCGCCCUGCUUGGAAGAGAGUCCUGGAGCUGAUGAAAUGAUCAUUUACUGUUGGUUUUCUUUUUUUCUUUUUUAAUAAUCAUUUGAUCAUUCAGUUAUGUGUCAUGCAUUCAAUUCAAUGUUGGUUGUGGUUUGUCUUCUAUUUUAUGUUGGUUGUGGGUU